AUGGAGGAUGCCCUUUCAGAACAUUCUGUUUUCUUGUAUGGAAAAUGUUCUGUGUUUCCCAUUUACAUUGCUUCUUGUGUGUAUAUGAGCUGGGUCUUUUCAUUCAUAGUAAACAUAGCUUUUCCCAUGUACAUGACAGCAAGACCGAACAAUAGGAACAUUACACGCCUAAGGGUGUAUGAAUUCUGUUAUACUGUUCAUCAUGACAAGGUCACUGACAUUCUCAAUGCAAUAUUUCUCUCUGUUCCUGAUUCGUUGCUUAUGUUGCUGAUGCUUUGUUCCAGCGGUUACAUGGUUUGCAUUCUCUACAGACAUAAGCAGAGAAUGAAGCACAUUCACAGAAGCAACUUUUCCUUCAGGUUCUCCCCUGAGUUCAGAGCCACAAAGACCAUUCUGCUCUUGGUGAGCACCUUUGUCUUCUUUUACACAAUUUCUUGCCUCUUACAAAUUAACAUGUCUCUUGCACAUAAUCCAACCUCAUUAUUGGUGAACAUGUGUUUUAUUGUAGCUACAAGUUUCCCAACUGUGUGUCCCUUUUUAGUGAUCUGCCAUUAA